AAAUUCGUAGCAAAUCACUUGGCUUAUUAUGAUAAGUAAUAACAUUACAAUAUUAUACUGCUUUACGUGUGUAACACGAUAUUCGAGUGUUAUUAUACGGUCGUUAUAAUAAUAAUUGCCGUUAACUGUAAAUAAUUAGAUACACGACAAUAUAACAUAGCGACGAUGACUAAUGUCGUGAUCGACCAAUUCGCGUCUUACGGCCCCUAGUCGGUUUCCUGCACGGCGCUUCGGGUGUUUGUUAUGGAGCAAAAUGAAAGACGUCCUCGACCUGUUGACAGAUGACAGGAUUGUUUACUAUGGCGUAGUGGCCAUUAUUUGUGUACUUCUGUUCAAUUUGUUCGUUUGGGGAUGUUUGAGUUUCAUUAUUGUUAUUAUUGCGAUUGGUUGUGGAUAUUACAUAUUUGAUUAUGCCCUUAAAAACCAAAAUUUAAAUACCAGUUUUGUGUCGGAGAAUAAAUUUGAUAAGACUAACAAGUAUAAAUGUAAUAAUUGCAAAAACUGUAUUUCAUGUGACCUACAUUUAAAAUGUCUGAAUAAAGAAACACCAUGGAAAGGAUUAUUAAUACCCGAACAAAUUGAUUCUUCAAUAGAUAAAUUAUUAUCAAAAAUCAUAAAUGUAUAUGUAGAAAGUUGGUAUGAGAAUAUUUCAAAUGAUUCUCAUUUUAUAAAAGAAAUUAAGCAAGUAAUACGAUUUGCAACAAGCGUAUUGCUUAAAAGAUUAUUACAAUUAAAUUUAGAAGAUAUUGUGCUGUACAAAGUAAUUCCAAUAUGUUUAUCACAUAUAAGACACUGCCAACGAAUGGAAAAGGGUGAAAAAAUUGCAUACCAUUAUGCUGUCAGUAAUCGUAAAGUUGAGAUUAUGUAUCUUAAAAAAAUAUCUUCGAGUUUACUACCAUUUUUAAUGAGACAAGCCGAUCUUCAAUGCAUGAUAUUUUAUACUUUACUGCGAGAACUUCUUUCACUUUGGGUAUUAUUACCAAUAUCAGAUGUAAUAUGUAAUCCAGCCAACAUUAUUAUUACUUGGUCAAAAUUAUCGAAGUCAUCAAUUAUUAAUUCAACAACUACAAUAUGCAAAGAUGAACAAGUCGAAUUUUUAUCAAAAUUUAUUGGUGAAAAUCAACAUGAUACUGUACAACUUGAAAUGCGUAGUAUAUUUAAAGACUCAACAAUUUUAUCUGCAUUUACAGUUUUUUUGAAAAGAAAAGGUGCUGUGCAUUUGUUACAAUUCUGUUUGGAUGUUGAACAGUUUAAUAAGCGCAUGUUAAGACCAGAAAUAUCAUCUCAAGAACUUGAUAUGCUCUAUCGAGAUGCUUGGGAUAUAUUUUCUGUAUAUUUUAGUUCCCAUUCACCAGAUUGCAUAAGUUUUGAUCCCGAGUUAGUAAGUCAACUAAGAAAAGUUUUAUCUAAAGAUGUUAUUAAACUUCAAAAUUCAAAACCACUAUAUCAAGCUUACGAACAAACAUAUUAUACCUUACAAAAUAGUUACUGGAUAGAGUUUCACAAUUCUAAUGAAUAUUUUUCUUGGAUGUGUGGACCACGUAAUAUUUCAGAUACUGGUUCAUCAAAAGAUUCUUUGUCUAAUAAUGAAAAAAAAGAUCAUGCUUCUAAACUAAGUCGCAAAUUAAAUAGGAUUAAAGGAGCUAUGAAGUCAAGUACUAUAUAUGAUGGUCAAUUUGAUUCUUUAUCUUCCGAAUGUGAUCCAGAGUAUGGAGAAGAUUUAUCUGUUGAUAAUGAAAUAAUUAAUAGUGAAAGAGAUUUAAGCACUUGGAAAGUAACUGAUGUAACAUCAGCUAUGAAAUUAGAAUCUGGAUCCAAUGGUGGUCAAUCAUUGGUAUUUUUUAUUACAGUAGAAACAGUUAAAAAUGAUUCAAUCAAACAAUGGUGUGUAGAAAGAAGACUUGCUGACUUUUAUACUUUAAAAUCAAAACUUACUGAAUUUCACGGAGUAUUUGUGGAUGCUCGAUUGCCCUCGAGAAGGAUUUUAUUACAAAAGACAGAAAAUAAUGACAUUUAUGUGCAGUUUCUCAAUCAACUGUUACAGAAACCUGAGCUUAGGGGAUCAGAUUUAUUGCAUAUGUUUUUAACAUCCAUAGAAAAUUUUGAAGAUUCUGAAUCAGCCAUUGGGAGAUUGUUAAGGAAAUCUAUGCCAAUGGCUUUAAGAAAAGAACGUGGACAAAAUUUAGAAUCAUUCAUUUCUGUAUUUAUGGCUUCAGUUGAAACUAAAUUAAAACAAAGGUAUGAGUGGAAAGAUUUAAGUGAACAUCUUCCUGAAAGAAAAUUUAAAAUUGCUGAAAAUCCAAUUUUUGGUAAUAACUUAAAUGUAGUUGAAGAUGAAAACCAAACACCAUUAGAAGGAAUAUCAGACCAAAUAAAAUUUUUCUGUGGUCCAAUUAACUGCAUAAUUUUUUUUGGUGUACAUGUAUACAACAUGUCAAAUUCUGUUGUCCAAUUAAUUUUGGCCAUACAAUCAAUAUGUGGUAAUAUUGUUGAUUCUAUUAUACAACGCUACAUCAGUCUUCGUAUUAUAAGAUCAAUUACACCUUCUAAAAUAUCAAACUUAAUUGAAUUAUUAGAAAAUCUUCUAUUUCCUGGAGAUGAUGCACCACAAAAGACUGAUCAUCAAAUCUCAGUUGAACAUUUAAAAUUAAUGAAUAAUUCAGUUUUUUCUCCACUGUUUAUGUGUUUGUUUCAAUGUACACAGAAUUCAGUAAUGAACAAACAAUUAUUCUACAGACUUUUAGAUGUUUUACUAGCAGAAAUGUUUCCAGAACUACGAACACAACUUAACGAACAAUUAUGAUGAUAAAACUUCAUUGCUGUGAUAAUAUUGAGUGAUACAUUCCUUAAUAUCAAAAAAAGGUAUAUAAUUUAUAUGCUUUAUAGUUGUUUAAUAGAUUUAAAAGCCUAAUUACUUGAAUUUUCCAUGCUUGUUUGACUAAAUUAUUAAUUUGAUUUAUUUAUAAAUAAAUAUAUAGAAUUUUUUUUUUAAAUUAAUUUAAUAAGAAGUAAAAUUUUUAUUCCAUUGAUGAAAAAUGGUUAAUUCAAUUUGACAAGAGAUAACAUAAUAUCAAUGAUAAUAUUUCAUUGCAAAACAUGUAUUUAAAAAAAAAUUAUUACCAUUAGUGCAUACUAUAUUAGUAUAAUAAAAACAUUUAACAUCAUUUUAAUUUAUUUUUUAAAUAAAAAUCAUAAGGAACAUCAUAAGGCAUAAUGCUAAAUAGUGAAUAAAAUAAAUCCAUCAAUUUGUUGUGAUUUUUUUAUCUCAGUAUUAAAAAAUAUAAAAUAAGUAUAUGGUAGUCGGUAAUUUUAAAUAAAGCUCACAGUGCUGGUUUACCAUUCCAUUAUGUAUUACAUAUAUAUUUAAUUUUAGUCAGACAACUUACAACUUAUUACUUAAUCAUUGUUAUCGUUCUAGAUUAAUAUUAAUUGCUUAUAAACAUUAUUCAUGUAGUUUCAUAUAUAAUUAUAUAUACAUGUAUUAAUUGUUAAAAAUAUAUUAAAAAUAUUAUAAUAAAAUUAUAUAAAUUAAAAUUAGUACCAAAAUGUUGGUUUGAAAUGCAACGUUUAUUUUCCAUAUUAGUUUAAAAUUAAUAUUUGUUAAUAUAUUUAAAUGAAUACUUAACAAUUUUUAAGUUUUUUCCUAACUAAACAAGUGAGGACAUUUUUACUUGAGUACCUAUUUGCCAAAAAAACCUUUUUAAAACUUUUAUAUUUCAAAAUCUAUCAAUAUGAAUAAAACAAUAUUUCAAAAAUAUAAAUACUGCUAAUAAUAAUUUUCCAUUAAGUUAAUUGAAAUUCAUAGUUUUGAAAUAGGUUAAAUGUUUAAAAUGUACCAAAGAUAUUUUCAGCAGUUAUUUAUUACUUAAAUACAAAUGUUCCUAAGCUUAAAAUUAUUUAGUUAAACAUGGCUUUAAAAACAUAGUAUAAUUAUAGUAAACAAGUAUAAUUUUUUCUUUAGAAUGAAUGUUUUUGUUAGAUUAUAGCAUGAUGUUAUAGUUUUGUUUUUGACAGAUAAUAGAUUUAUUUUUUUAUAAAAUAGUAUUUUGAAAUAAAAUAAAUUAAUAAUCCAGUUUAUUUGUAUGUUAUUAUGUAAACACAUGAAUUAUAUCUCGAUAAACUUAAAGUGGUUGUUUUAUUUAAGAAUACUUAUUAUACUAGAAAUAUUUAAAAGUAUUAUUUGAAUUUAUAAAACUAACAUUUCUUUCAAUAUUAUUUGAAGUUUCCAAAACAAAAAAAAAAAAAAUUGGUCAACUUUUAGUCUUGAUCCACAAUCUAUUUCAAAAAUAUUAAAAAAUAAUACCUAUACAAAAUAAUUUUAAUUAUAAAAACAGUUAGUAAUAAGUAUGAUUAUAAUAUAUUAUAGUUUGAAUCGUAUUCCCUUGUAGCUUUAAAAAUCGGAUUUCAUCAAAAAAAAGUCUUCACUUAUUUCUUUUUACUGUUCAGUUACCAAAAUAUCUAUCUAUAAUUAUCAUUAAGUAUAAUUUAAAAAUAUAUUAUUCAUUCCUACUAAUAUAUUAGUGUAAUAGACACAAUUUUAUAAAAUAUACUAAUACACAAUAUUAACUUAUUUUUAAAAAAUAACUUAACCAGUAAAAUAUAAAUUAAUAUUAAUAUAUUUUUGUACUGCUCACAAUAUUUCUAAGAUGUGUAUUAUAGAGUAAAAUAUCUUUUUAAGUAUUUCUCGCGCAAAAUAUAAAUUUUAAUUUUAGACAUAUCUAAAAUGUGAAAAAUAUAAAUACAUAUUUUACUAUGUGAUUUAUAAGAAAAAUAACAUGUUUUAUAAAAUGUGAACAAAAAUUUCAAGCAUUUACAAUAUUUAUACAAUAUUAUAUUAUGUAUUACGAGAAUAUAAACCACUUAUAAUCUUUUAAAUAGUAUAUGGCACACAUUUAAUAGGCCAUCUCCUACCAAAGAGUCUUAUCCCUCCAAAAUUGUCAAUAACCCUACCCUCCAAAUGGAAUUACAUGUACAUCUAUGGACCAUGGUGUAAACUUUAAUCAGUGCUGGCCAUUUAACUUGCCCAAAAAAUUCAACGAAAUGUCCGCUUAUGCUCAACAGAUUUUUAGAAUAUGUGAAUAAAUAUUUUGCUAUUGAAUAUUGCUAUAUAUCUUAAUUGAGCCUAAGCACAGUCAUCUAAUUAAUCACUAGUUAUCAAAUUUUAUAAUAUUUUAUAAGUGACCGUAUAAUUGAUUAAAUAUUCUGCUGUAUUCAGUGUUUACAUAAUAGAAGUAUUAUCUGUAUUACAUGAUGAUAUGAAAUUGCUUGCAAUUAUUUUUGCCUAGUAUUAGUUAUCUGCAGAUUUAAUGGCAUACAUAUGUAAACCAUUAUUUAAACUGUAUUUAAACUUAUAUUUAUAAAUGUAUUAUUUAUUUAUUUAUUUUUUUUUAGUUAAAAAUAAAUAGGUGUAUUAUUUGAUAUCAAACAUUGAUUUCACAAUAUUUUUAUAAUUAUUUAUUUAUUUAUUUAUUUAUUUGUUAUAUUAUUGUUUUAUUUGUUUUACUGCUAAAUGUAUGUAAUAUUAUUAUUUUAAAUUUAAAUAAAAUUUGUCAAUUUAAUUUGGUAAUUCAAGUCAGCAAAUAUGUCAAUUAUAGCUUGUAUUAAUUAUUUUUAUUAAAUGCAUAAAAAAAAGUAAAACUAUAAACAAUAGUGUAUAAUAUUAUAUUAUGCACACUUUUUUGCAAUUCAAAAUGAUAAUUCUUGAAAGUGUUAAUACCUAUAUCAAUUCAAUUAAAAUUAUUUAUGUUUAUGAAAACUUGAUUUGUACAAUCUUUUAAAAAAUAUAUUGACUUAAUUUUGAUUAUCUUCAAGACCUCAAGAACAAAAUAAUAUCAUUAGAAACCAGAAUUAUAUGCAUUAGAAAUUAGGUAAAUAUGAUGUAAAUGUGCAAAGAAAAUGGAUCAAUAUAUUUGUACUAAAAUGCAUAAAUAGUUGAAAAAUAUGUUCCAAUAUGUAUCACAAAUUUACAUUCUUAAAUGAAAAUAUAAAUUGAUAAUCAUUUUUUAUUAUAAUUGAAAUAAAAUAAAAUAUAAUAAAUAAUAAAAUAAAAUAAAUUUUGUACCUUUCAAUAUUAAAAAAAUCUAAGUUAAUAAAAUACUUCAAUACAAAAGAAAUCAUUAUUUUGGUUUCCGUCAACAAAUUUAAAUAUAUUAAAUAAAACAAAUUUUAAAUAAAAAAAACAACAAAAUAAUGAGAUAACAGUUUAAAUUUUCAAUGUAGACAAUUAACAAAUACUAAUUUAUGUCCUACUUUGAGAAAUUAAUUUUUAACAAUUUUACUUAUCAAAUAAUGUUUAAUCAAUAACUGACAAUCUCCCUUUUUUCAUGAGUAAGUAAUAAUUAAAAGUUUCAAUUUCCAAAAUUAAUAGUUGUAAUGACUUAAUUAUUACCAAAAUUUUACAAAAUAUACACAUUAUAUGCACUAAUGACUAAAUAUACUUCAACCCUCCAAAUGCAAUUAUAUGCAAAAUAAAAUAUUUUGUCUAUGGAAUCAGCUUUGUUUGAAAUUCAGACAUUUUUAAUCCUUAAUAUAGUGCAUAAAUUCAGUAUGAAUAUGCAAAUGGCAUGCAUAUAAUUCCAGUCUUUAAACAUCAUGAUUUUUUGUUAACUCAACCUGAAUUUUUGUUGUCAUCUCAAUCACAAUUUGGGGGCCAGUAAUACUUAUAUUAUUUUUAGUUUUAUGAUUUUUUUAUUUUUUAUAUUUUAAUCAUAAGAAUUUUUUUACCUUUUAUCCAGUAUAUUUUUAAAACAAAAUAUUUUAGUUUUGCAAAUAGUUAUUUAGCUAGCUAAAUGUAUUUAUUUUUAAAGAAACAAUUGUAUAUAUAGUUUCUCCUUUUUUAAUGACAGAUCUUAUCAUUUUCUAACUCUUUUAAGGAUCAUACAUCUAAAAGUUAAAAUCAAUAAAAUAUUUGUUCUGAUUUGUGGUUUUAUUAUAAAAAAAAUAAAAAUAAAAGUAUGACUUGUAAAAGACCCAAAUUAAUCUUAUAAAUUAAUAAAAAUUCAUAAAAAUCUCUUUCAUAUUUAGAACAUUGCUCAAUGUGUAAAAAUAUCAAAAUCUCAACAUAACUAUUUGUCAUGAAAAAACUACUAAAAUAUUGUAAGAGUUAAACCUACAUGAAUUUAAAAGAAUAAUAACUAUGUAUAUUAUAACUACCAAUAUGAUUCAAUAAAAAUUUAAUUGAACUUACAGCUCAUGUCUAAUUUGACAUUUUAAAAGCCAGAUCAAAUCCACGAUAAUGAUUUUUUAAUAUGCUAUUCUACAAUAGCUUUAAAUAUUAAAUUUUUUCUAUGUUAUAAUUAAAGACUUAAGAUUAAUAUGGUCUACGCACAGUUAUUAUUUUAGUAACAUUUUUUUAUGUUUUCAAAAGUUAAAAUGAAAAAUUUAUAUUUACCCAGAUAAAUAAAUAAAAAAAAAUUUAGAUUUUUAUGUUCAUUGAUUUAUCAUGAUCAAGAUAUCAAGAUAUUUAUAAACAACUUAACUCCGAUGUUUUCAUAAUCAUAAAUCAAACACUUGAGUGUAAUUAAAAUCUAUGUAAUAGUCAACUUAUCAAACCGUUUAAAAUAAUCAUACAAGCUUUAAUAUUUUAAUUUUUUUCAAAAAUGUUAAAAUAUAUUGCUGAUUUUUUGUUUUUGUUUUUGUUUUGUUUAUGGUUAUUUAAUGUUGUUAAUCAUACGCUUAGGUAUAUUAAUAAGAAAAAUUAAUUAUAAUUGAAACUGUAUUGUAUGUGCGUUUUAUACUCUCAUUUAAUUUCCAGGACAUAUUAUUAUAAUUAAUUAUUGUAUUAUUAUUAUUUAUAAAAAUGUUAAGACUAAUUAUUAGUUAUUUCUUAUUUCUACUUGUAACGCAGUGUGCUAUCAUAUAUGUUAAUUAUAUGGGAAGCAAACUAUGAUUAAGUAUUAUAAUUUAUAAGCUAAAUAAUAUAUUAUAUUGUAUAAUGGGCUAUUCGAUAAUAAUACAUAUGAAUGUAAAACAUGUACAACUCAUAGUUACCAUUUCGAAACAACAUUUAUAAUAUAAUACCAUAUUCAUUUCAUAGAUUAUUUAAUACCAAACGCGUUAUCGAAUCCAUUACAAUAAUUAUAGGCCCAAGUGAUAUAAUAUUCUAUAUUUAUAUACUAUAUAAUACCAUAUAAAUAUUAUGUAAUAAUUGUAUGCAAAUAAACUUAAUAUAUAAUAUUAUAUAUAUACAAAUGA